UGGAAACUCCCGAUCGGACAUCGCUGGGAUUUCCAACGGUUUGUGAUCUCAGAGCGACUUUAGCAAUGAUGGGAGAUCCUAUGGACGUGGAUACGCCCCCGGUUUUAUCAAAACCAGGUGGGAUGAAAGGCAAAGGGAAGGCUGUGAUAUCGAGCUUGGGUCAAGAACGAGAUAACCUGCCUUGGGUAGAAAAGUACCGACCGGCGAGCCUUGAUGACCUGAUUUCUCAUAAGGAUAUAAUUAGUACUAUAUCUCGUUUCAUUGACGAAAACCGACUUCCACACCUACUAUUUUACGGACCUCCGGGCACUGGGAAAACAUCUACCAUUCUUGCUUGCGCUAGGAAGCUUUAUGGGCCUCGAUACAAAUCCAUGAUGUUGGAGCUUAACGCUUCCGACGAGCGCGGUAUUGAUGUUGUGCGGGAGCAAAUCAAGACCUUUGCCAGUACUAAGAAGAUCUUUAGUUCAGGGUUUAAGCUCAUUAUUCUAGAUGAGGCGGAUGCAAUGACACAAGUGGCGCAGAAUGCUUUGCGACGAAUUAUUGAGAAGUACACCCGCAACGUCAGGUUCUGCAUUAUAUGCAACUACGUAGGAAAGAUUAUACCUGCUCUCCAAUCGCGGUGUACUCGAUUCCGCUUCUCUCCUCUGAAGGAGGACCAAAUAAAGACGCGGCUAGAUUAUGUCAUUGGAGCAGAAGGCAUUGAUAUUACGGAUGAUGGUCGACAAGCUCUACUGAAACUAUCGUUGGGUGACAUGCGACGGGCUCUGAACAUACUUCAGGCCACCCAUGCAGCAUUUUCACCAGUUACAGAGCAAGCUGUGUAUUUGUGCACAGGAUCUCCUCUUCCCGCCGACAUUAACCAAAUUGCUGAGUGGCUACUGAAUUCUGAUUUUGCGACUGCUUAUGAAAACAUUCAGCAGUUGCGGAUUACGAAAGGUCUGGCAUUGGCGGAUAUUAUUACGGAAUUGCACGACGUUGUGGCUGUGACUGAGCUGCCACCACCUGUUCGAAUCGUUCUUUUGGAUAAAAUGGCAGAGAUAGAGUACAACUUAUCAACAAGCUGUUCGGAGAAGAUCCAGCUAGGAGCUCUAGUGGGGUCAUUUAGAAUCGGAUGCGACUUGGCGGCAAAGCUCAGUACAUAGUGAUCAUGGGAUGAACGGAUGUAAAUAUCGAAAUCAUUAAUAGUUACAUAGAAUGCCUGACCAAAUUGACCAGGGAAAGUGAGGUACAAGUUUACCCUUGGCGGGCAUCAGACAUUGUUUCUGGAAUGGACGCAGUCAAACAUGGAGAAUCUAUAGAG